AUGUGAGAUGGUCAUGUGCGUCGAACACAACAACAACAAAGCGGUUCAGCCAAUCGGAUCUCUCCGCUCGCUGUCAGCCGAGCUUCAGCUCAGCUCCGCUGCUGCAGUCGGUGUUACCGGAGCGGUGAACGCGUGAGAUCCAUCCGUGGGGGGGAACAUGCCAGAGGUGCCGCGCGGAGCUCCACAGAUGUCCCGAAAAAGAGGCGCUGAGCCCGGACCACUACCCGAGCACGUCGCGGAGAGGAAGAAGGCUUGCUGGGGCAUUCUGACCAGCCAAGGGUCCUGGGCAGAUCGCUCCCCUCUCCAUGAAGCAGCUUCCCAGGGUCGCCUGCUUGCCCUACGCACUCUGCUGGCCCAGGGAUAUCACACUAAUAUUGUCACCAUUGAUCAUGUGACCCCUCUCCAUGAAGCCUGCCUGUCAGGACAUGUAGCCUGUGUCAGAGCAUUAAUAAAUGCUGGAGCUAAUGUGAAUGCUGCUACCAUCGAUGGUGUCACUCCUCUGUACAACUGUUGCACCUCUGGGAGUGUCGGCUGUAUGGAACUGCUGCUGCAGAAUGGAGCGCACACACACACGGCAUGCACACACUUCCCCUCAGCCCUGCACGAAGCCUGCAAGAGAGGUCAUAGCCAGUGCGUUGAGUCCCUGCUGUCUCAUGGAGUGGAUCCAGACCAUGAAAUCUCCCACUUGGGCUCUCCUCUCUACAUGAGCUGUCUACACCAACACACAGCGUGCUCAAAGAUUCUGCUUCACAGAGGAGCCCGUGUUAAUUUCGGCAGAGGGGCAGACAGUCCUCUGCAUGCAGCUGUCAGACAGGACAAUGCUGAUCAGGUGUCAGUGUUACUUGACUAUGGAGCCGAUGUCAACAGCAGGGACAGUAACAAUCAGCGACCUGUGGAGCUAGCGCCUCCUGGUGGAAAAACACAGCAGCUGCUGCUGACAUUUGAAGUUUCUCCGAGGAGUCUGUGCCAGUUGUGUCGUCUCCAGAUCAGGAACCUGCUCGGUCCGUCCAGGCUGAAGCUGCUCCCCGUCCUUCCUCUGCCCUCCCUGCUCACUCACUAUCUGGAGUACACGUAGGCUGAUGGGCACACAUGCAGCAUGGCAGUGAAAAGAACUACCCAUUCAGAUGCCAUUUCUUUAACAUUUCACAUUUGGAUGUGCCAAGCCCGUUAUUAACCACAUUUCUUGCUAACACAUCACUGUGGUUUAGACUGUAGGGUUGGGUUUGUCUACUACAACACUGUUACAUCAACGAUUUACUCUGCUGCACACUGGACUCUGCUGUUGGCAUAACCAUAUCUGUUUAUUCAACAGCAUCAAAGUGAGACACUACAUGCAGAAAGUUUUUCCUGCACCCGUCAAGUUUAAGAAGUUUUCUUUCUUCAGACUAGUGGAGACAAAAAGCCCCAAAUACACAUUUUACUACAUUUUGUUUGCUUGUGUCUGGGGGUUUCACCAACAGUUAACAUCACAUGAUGACUCAUUUGUGUAUUUAAACAGAAAGUUUCAGAAAACUGGGAAAGUUUUAUGAUGAUAUAAGUUUUUUUUAAAGUGUUUUCACCUGUAGCGUCUCCCCUUUAUUUUUCCCUGUCAGAUGACUGUCUGACUGAAACACAGAGUGUCAUUUUGUGAAUACUGGAAUUUAUUAUUUGGGCCUUUACGUGUCUGUAUUUAUAUGUGAAUACUAAUAAACAAUCUAUGACAUGA